UCAUUAAAGUAUAUAUAUCAUUUAACAAGAUAAACAUUUCAUCUUUCAGCAGAGAUGGUGGGUUUGGCAACGUCAUUUUGAACCGGCGCUUCGGGGACAGCUACAGCGACAGGGGUCCUUCCAUCGUCAACACCGGAACAGCACGUGAACAAUAAAGGUCAGGAUGGGUCGCUCCUCCAAAGACAAGCGGGACAUUUACUACCGUCUGGCCAAAGAGGAGGGCUGGAGAGCGAGGAGCGCCUUCAAGCUGCUGCAGCUCGACCAUGAGUUCAACCUGUUCACAGGUGAGACCCACAGGGCACCUGACACACGGCUCUGUUCAUACCUUCUGUCCAUGGGUGGAUUAUUAGACGAUGGGCUCCAGAGACCUAACAGGUCCCCCACCUACCAUACAGCCCCCUCCCAUGUGGUCAAACAACCACAGUUGAUGGUCUCCAGCAAGAGUUUUGACAAGACCUGGGUCAUGUAUGAAAAGGGUGUGAACAGAGCAGUGGAUCUGUGUGCAGCUCCUGGCAGCUGGAGUCAGGUCCUCAGUCGAAAACUAAGAGUGUUGGGUGAGAAGGGUGAGAAGGGUGAAGGGGGUGAGGAGGUGAAGAUCGUGGCGGUGGACCUGCAGGCCAUGGCUCCUCUGCCAGGAGUCACUCAGAUCCAGGGAGACAUCACCAAGGUGUCGACAGCUCAGGAGAUAAUCCGUCACUUUGAGGGUCAGCCAGCCGACCUGGUGGUGUGUGACGGAGCUCCAGACGUAACCGGGCUCCAUGAUGUGGACGAGUACAUCCAGGCUCAGCUCCUAUUGGCUGCUCUGAACAUCACCACUCACGUCCUGAAACCUGGAGGGACGUUUGUGGCAAAGAUCUUCAGAGGUAAAGACGUGACUCUGCUGUACUCUCAGCUGAAGAUCUUCUUCAGUGGUGUGACCUGCGCCAAGCCUCGCAGCAGCAGGAACUCCAGCAUCGAGGCCUUCGUGGUGUGUCAGAAUUACUCUCCUCCUGAAGGUUACGUCCCAAACAUGUCCAACCCUCUGCUGGAUCAUUCCUACGAUGUGGACUUUAACCAGUUAGAGGGUCCGAACCGUGUCAUCGUUCCUUUCCUGGCGUGUGGUGAUCUCAGCGCCUUCGACUCCGACAGAACCUACCCUCUGCAGCUGGAUGCUGGUAAACCGUAUCAGUACACCCCCCCCACCCAGCCGCCCAUACGCCCCCCCUACCAGCAGGCCUGCCACCUCCGCAAAAACAACCUGCUGUCCCGAGAGGACGCUCUGUCCAACAGUCCCAAACAGAGUCAAGAUGAGACGGAGCCGAGUCCACCUGAUCAGUCUGACUGCUGCUGAUUGGUGAAAAAAACCCACCAGAGGACAGAGUUAUCGUUAAAGGAACAGUCCGGACUGGAAGCAGGGGGAAACUGCUGUCCUACAUUUACAUGCAGUUUCGUCAUGCCUCCAGUCUUUGUGCUAAACUAGGCUAAACAUGCUCUGGACCUAUCGCUAUUAAUGGAUGUUCUUCCAAUCGGAGGAGUAUGUUUUUAUUGUUUUGUCUGACUUUAUGUGGAGUAUUUUGUGACAGAUCCUUCAUCCACCAGGCUGAGGAAUUGUAAACAUUUUAUAUUUUAAAAAUAAAAGUGAUUUCUUGGAGGCGAGCCAGCA